AUGGGAGAAUUGAUUGAAAAAUUGAGACCACUGAGUUUAAUAGAUUAUUUUGGGCACAAAAAUGUCGUUGGCAAGGAUACUUUGCUGGGAAAAAUGCUGGAGAAGAAGGAAAUUAGUAGCAUGAUUUUAUGGGGACCAACUGGAUGCGGAAAGACUUCUUUGGCCAACAUAAUCGCCAACAUGAACUCCAACAAUUCAUGUUUCAUAAAACUAUCAGCAACAGCAUGCGGCAUCGGUGACAUCAGAAAGGCGUUAGAAACAGCGUCUGAUGCCAAGAAAAAAUCUACGUACUCUUCAAGUUCAAUAAUAGUCUUCAUGGAUGAAAUCCAUCGCUUCAAUAAAUUGCAACAAGACAUUUUCUUGCCACACAUCGAAGCCGGAACAUUUACACUGAUCGGAGCGACGACUGAGAAUCCAUCAUUCAGCUUGAACUCAGCUUUAAUGAGCCGCUGCCGGGUUUUUAAAUUCGACAAAUUAACAUCCGAUGACCUUCAAAGUAUAAUUUGUCGCUCGUUAGCGUUAAUCAACAAUAAAAUCCACCUUGUAGAUAAUAAAUUUACAGAGCGAACUGACAUUGAAUUUGACUGUUAUCAACCAGAAUAUGCCAUCAAUGAUCGUGCCUUGAAGUGGUUAGCAGAGAUGUCUGAUGGCGACGCAAGGAUCGCUCUUAAUACCGUGGAAUUGAUGGUCAAGUUAUCUGAAGAUACGGAGGCUCAGAUUAAUUUUUCUUUGCAGGAUGUCAAGACGAACAUCCAGAGAGCGUACUUGUUGUCCGUAAAAGAAUGUGAUCAGAACAAAGAUUUGGUUUCAGCCAUGCACAAGUCGAUCAGAGCUGGCGAUCUUAAUGGUGCCUUGUAUUGGCUUGCUAGAUUGAUGGCUGCUCGGGAAGAUCCGGUUUUUAUUGGCAAAAGAUUGAUUCGAAUCGCUAUUGAAGAUAUCGAUAUCUCCGAUCCUCAUGCUCUCGAUACCGCUGUACAUACAAUGAACGCUUGUCAAAUGAUUGGCAUGCCAGAGUGUGAUGUAAUGUUGGGACAGUGUGUUGUUUAUUUAUGUAAAGCGAAGAAAAUUAAAUUUAUCGAGAGGUUUGAUAAUGCCGAAGAUUAUGUUAGUGGUAAUUAA